UCUAGAUUAACAUUGCCUACAAUAAACUGUCUUAAUGAAUACUACUAAAGGCGUGAGAAAACUGUAUAUUUACUCUAUAAAUUGACAGGACAUUUGUUUUGAUUUGUGAAGCAGAUUAUAUUGUUGUGUGCCAUGCCUCGUCCCAGCCACCAGAGGACACAGGUGGUGUUGUAGAGACUUCUGGAGCAGGUGUUUCCUAUUUGGACUCAUUAACUGCACAUACAGUACUGUAUAUACACCACAUCUAACUGCAGCUCUAGUUGGUCGCCUUUGACUUCGCUGGAUUAGCCUUGUUCUCCUCUGCACACUGACUUUUAGCCUUGUUAUUCAAGAUUUGAAUUCUAGAAAACUAGUUAGCUUAGGUGUUAGUUUGUUUUCUUGAAGCAUUUUUUUGCAUAGUUCAUUGCAUUUUGCUACUUAGAGUAGCGUUUUUUGUUUGUCAUUAUUACCACUCGUUUUCUCCCACUUCUGCAGUGUUUAUUUUUAGUUUAGUUUAGUUUGAUUUGUACUUUAAAAUAAUACACCAGAAUAUACCCGUGUUCUCGAACUCACUCACAUCUCAUCUUCACUUCAACAAAGUAUAACAGCGUCUUCUUGAAUACAUCAUCUGAAUUAACAAAUAUGUCCUAUACAAAAUGAAAAAAAAAAAAACAUCUAUUUUAUGAAAAGUUGUUUGAUAAAAAACGUUUGAACCCUAUUCAGCUGAUAAAUCACAAUAAACUGGAACCAAACCCUCCAAACUUUUGUGUUCUUGCAGUUUAUUCUGAAAAACGAAACCAAAAAACACUUCUUACAAGCAGUGUAGAUGCAUUUUAGAGUUAACAAGUUGUGACAUCAGGCCUUAUGCCAGACUGCAAUAUUGUACACGCUAUUCACACAGGAAGUGUGAAGCAACUCUUUGGUUGUUUCACACUUCCUGUGAUCAGGGUGGAGCCUCUCCACCCUUCAGUGUCUAACGCGACUGUGUCCAGACCAGAGCCACAUAUUUUCUGAAAAUGGAUCACUGUUUGCAGUUUCUUUUGCUUCUGCUGAUAAGUCAAAAUGGUUUGUGUGAAGAUAAAGUUUGCUCAAAAUCUGUGAUCAACUCUUGCGAUGACUGCAUUAAAUCUGGGCCAUACUGCCUGUGGUGUGAGCAGCUGAAUUUUACCAAAAUAGGUGAGCCAGAAGCCAUACGCUGUGACACUGAAGCAGAGUUGAUACGCAAAGGCUGCAAAAGGGAUAAGAUCAUCACCCCUCAAAGCACCGUACACGUUGAAAAAAAUCUUUCUCUGUCCACGUCCUUCAAUGAGCAGGAGCCCGUCCAGCUGAGACCACAGAAGAUUAGUCUGAAACUGCGUCCUGGGCUUCCAACCACAUUCCGUGUUGCUUUUAAAAGAGUUGAGGGAUAUCCAGUUGAUCUGUACUACCUGAUGGACCUGUCAUACUCUAUGAAAGAUGACUUGGAAAACGUAAAAGGACUGGGAAAACAGCUUUUUGAAGCUCUGAAAAGUAUCACGGAAAGUGCUCGAAUAGGGUUUGGGGCCUUUGUUGACAAGACCGUCCUUCCUUACACUAACACCAACAAGGAGAAACUGCAGAACCCAUGCGAUGACAAUUUCCAACAGUGUCAGGCUGCCUUUGGCUACAGACAUGUGCUUACGAUGACACCAAAUGAGAAAGACUUUGAGCAGAAGGUCACAGCACAGUCCAUUUCUGGAAACCUCGACACUCCUGAAGGGAGUCUUGAUGCCAUGAUGCAAGCUGCUGUAUGUGGGGACAAAAUAGGCUGGAGGAACAGCAGCACUCGGCUUAUUGUGCUGGCAACUGAUGCUGGAUUCCACAUGGCUGGAGAUGGAAAACUGGCUGGCAUAUUGGAACCCAAUGAUGAACAGUGUCACAUAGAUAAUAACCUUUAUACUAAGAGCAGUGAGAUGGACUAUCCAUCUGUUGGACAGCUAGCUGUACAAUUAGAAAAAAACAAUAUUCAACCAAUAUUUGCAGUGACGGAAAAUGUUGCAGCCGUGUAUAAGAAACUCUCUAAAAUGAUCCCAAAGUCGGAGGUGGGAAUUCUCUCAUCAGAUUCCAAAAAUGUUGUUCAGUUGAUUGAAAAUGCCUAUAGUAGGUUGUCCUCCAAAGUAACUAUAACACAUGACACUCUCCCUGAAGAUGUAAGUGUUGUCUACACCCCAAUAUGUGAUCAUCCAUUAUCAACUGGGGGCAGCGAAGGUGUUUGUGAUAGUGUUCUCGUAGGAAAGGAGAUUUCUUUUGAUGUCACGGUGACAGCACACUCAUGUGUGGAGAACAAGUCCUUCACUAUCAGACCACUGGGCAUCAAGGAAACACUGACAGUGACCUUAUCCACAAAUUGCAUGUGUCAAUGUAAUGAUUCUACUAACAAAAACCACUUCCUUUGCACAGACAAGGGAGGCAUCAGCUGUGGUAUUUGCAAGUGCAAUGAAGGCUUUGUCGGUCAGUUCUGUGAAUGCGCCAUUGGAGAUAAAGAUGAGCGAACCCUCAGAGAAUCCUGUAAGAGACAGAACGGCACAGGCACAGAAUGUGAGGGUCGAGGAGACUGUGUGUGCGGCAGGUGCCAGUGCCAUACAACAGAGGGUGGACUCAGCUAUCAUGGUGCCUACUGCGAGUGUGACGAUGAACACUGUGAGAAGUUCCAAAAUAAACUUUGUGGAGGCAAUGGAAGGUGCAACUGUGGCAAAUGUAUAUGUGAUCAAGGCUAUGAGGGUUCAGCCUGUCAGUGCAAGGUGUCUGAUGAAAGCUGUCGUACCCCAAACAACUCUGUCUGCUACGGCAGAGGGGCUUGCAAGUGUAACCGAUGUGAAUGUAAGGCGGGAUAUCAGCGUCCACACUGCCAGACAUGCCUCGGUUGCCCUGAUCCCUGCCAGACCAAACUGAACUGCGUUGAAUGCUUGGGUUUUGACUCUGGCCCCUUUAAAAAGAACUGCGAUGCAGCAUGUAGCGCAAGCCUUCAUCAUGUGGUGGUGGACCAGUUCAGCAACCUACCAAGCAAACAGUGCACACAGAAAGACUCAGAGGGCUGCUGGAUCAACUUUAGACUGGAACAGCUAGUUGGAGAGGACAACUACAUGGCUACAAUUCUGAAACAGAGGGACUGUCCAGAACCACCCAGUAUUGCAGCUAUCAUUGGGGGCUCCAUAGCAUCUGUGGCUCUCAUCGGUAUCCUACUGCUGAUGCUUGUCAAGUUAUUGCUGUACAUGAAAGACCUGAAGGAGUUCCGAAAAUUUGAAAAUGAAAAGAAGAAAUCCAAAUGGGCAGACGGUGAAAAUCCACUGUUCAAGAAUGCUACCACCACUGUCGCCAACCCCACCUUUACUGGAGAGUAGACCAUCACCACCACGCAGUCCCCUGCCCGGCAUAUUGAUAAUGUACCCAUCUUUAUUUAAGAGAAUAUGAUUUGUGACGCUCAUGUUAUUGGCAAUUACCUUUAUUCCCUUGUUUAACUGUUAAUUCUUGUUAAUAUGUUUAAGUUGCAAUUUUUAAUUAUGUCCUGUCUAUACGUGAUUGUCAUUUUAUUGUUAAUGUAAUAAUUUUGCUGAUGUAGUAUAUUAACUACGUAUAGUGAUUUUUCAGUAAAAAGUUUAAAAUGUGUAAUGUUUUGUAUGAAAAGUAGUCAAAUUGCUUCACAUAUUGUUUAUGUUAUUUUAAAUUAACAUUGGUGUGAACAGCUGUCUGUAUCUUUCUGCCAGUCCUUGAUAACUUACCUUUCAUACAUCCAGACAGCUGGAAUAGGCUCUAGAGCCACAGACCUGUUGUCUAACAAAAUAGUUAUAAAUUAAGUAGAUUUAAAAACAACACAUUUUAUGUUCUGUCUCGAUCUCGCUAACAAAAAAAUAUACAAAAAUCAGUUUGUUUCUAUUACAAAUAACAUUUUCAGUAAAAACAAUAAAGAAAAAAGAAAGAACUUUC